AGGAUGGUAGAAACUCCACCGUCCAAUUCCACCUUCCUACACCCACCCUUCUUCAUACUGACUGGCAUUCCAGGGUUAGGGCGUGCCCAGGCCUGGCUGGCACUGAUGUUUGGGCCCAUGUACCUGCUGGCCCUGCUGGGCAAUGGGGCACUUCUCACGGUGGUGCGAGUAGACUCCACACUGCACCAGCCCAUGUUUCUACUUCUGGCCACACUGGCAGCCACAGACCUGGGCUUAGCCACAUCGAUAGGCCCUGCGUUGCUGGCUGUGCUGUGGCUUGGGCCCCGGCCUAUACCGUAUGCUGCCUGCCUGGUGCAGAUGUUCUUCGUGCACGCGCUGACUGCUGUGGAAUCUGGUGUGCUUCUGGCCAUGGCCUGUGACCGUGCCGUGGCUGUAGGGCGCCCACUGCACUACCCUGUCCUAGUUACCAAGGCCCGUGUGGGCUACGCAGCUUUGGCGCUGGCACUCAAAGCCAUAGCCAUUGUUGUGCCAUUCCCUCUGCUGGUGGCACGAUUUGAGCACUUCUGUGCCGAGACCAUACGCCAUGCCUACUGUGCACACAUGGCAGUGGUAGAGCUGGUGGUGGGUAACACACGCGCCAACAACUUGUAUGGGCUGGCACUUUCACUGGCCGUGUCAGGUGUGGAUAUUGUGGGCAUCACUGGCUCCUACGGGCUCAUUGCCCAUGCCGUGCUGCGGCUGCCCACCCGGGAAGCCCGUGCCAAGGCCUUCGGCACAUGUACUUCUCACAUCUGUGUCAUUCUGGCCUUCUAUGUGCCUGGUCUCUUCUCCUACCUCACACACCGCUUCGGUCGUCACACUGUCCCAAAGCCUGUGCACGUCCUACUCUCCAUCAUCUACUUACUGCUGCCUCCAGCCCUCAACCCCCUCAUCUACGGUGUCCGCACCAAGCAGAUCAGGGAGCGACUCCUGGAAACGCUCACAUUCAGAAAAGCCCAGUUCUAA